AUGGUCCAAGUACCUCCUCUCUUUCUUCUUAGUUUCUUGUCCCUUUCAGCAUUUGCCCGGGCGGGACAUGGGCGUGGAAAGCUGCUUCCGUCCAAGACAACAACUACUUUCCAUACUCCCUUGUACUUCUUUGAGUAUGGUGCCCGAAGAGCUACGAUCAAAUAUGCACCAGUUUCAGUACCGCCAAUGAACGAGAACGGUGGCAUGGCUCAAUAUUUUCAUGACUCGACCACGCUGCCAUGUCGAGACUGUGUUCUCACUUGGCUGCAAAUGGGAAUUGAGUAUGCUGACGGAAGAAAGGCUGAUGCCGACACAGGCAUGUGGCUUCACCAUGGAGUAAUGGUGAACAGAGAUCGGGCGGAUGCAGUUUGCUGGGACGGGUCGACAGUUAAUGCUGGUUAUUACGUCGGCCGUUCAGAUAAAAUCGCGCUCUCCGUCGACUUGAUGAACUUGCUUCAAUCCGAACCACAGACUGAUAUUGUUUUCACGAUAACUUACGAAUACAUUGAAGGCCGCCAGACUCAAGACUUCUAUGCAGUCACGCCUUACUGGCUGGAUGUCGGAGGAUGCAGAACCUCAGACGUACCUGCUUAUCGGGAUUCAACAUUCAACUAUUCCAGUCCAAUCCUGAAAGGGGUCCCCCAAGGAAUGAUUACCUUUGUCGGAGGCCAUUUGCAUGACGGCGGCACGCAUAUCGAUCUCACCAAAAACGGAAGGGUCGUUUGCAGGCUCAAUGCUUUCUACGAUCGGUAUCGGUACCAGGACGACGGGAAGCUGAUGGAACAUGUCUCCACCAUUGAGACUUGCGAGACGCCUGCAGAGACGGUUACGAAAGAUGAAUGGUCUAUUGUUGCGUGUUACAACACCUCCUUGCAUGAGCCAAUGGGUAUGGUGGAUGGUUCCCUUGAGCCCGUCAUGGGCAUCAUGCUCGUAUAUGUUGCUCAAGGACUAGAGCGACAUGGCAUGUCGAGAACCAUGUCUUUGAGUGUUAUUCUCGGAAUCGGCUGCUUGGCCGCAGUGGCGUUGCUGGCUGCUGUCUCGUGCUGGCUUGAAGGACGCUGUGGACACAGGAACAGGCGCUUAUCAUUCGCGGAUGUGAUAUGGACCAGAGGCCGAGACUUGGAACAAGAAGCAGUGGUUCCGUUAAUGAAAACUUGA